AUGGCUGGCUCUGACGACUCUGAAUAUCCUCACCCCACCCUCGUCAAUGCUUAUCAUCCAGCCCUUAAUGCUACCAAUGUGAACGCCUUAAUUCCUCUCACUCUUGAUGUUGACAACGUUCAAUACUCACCAUGGGCGACGUUGUUCCGCAAUACCGCUAAGGUUUAUAUGGUUCUGAAUCACAUCGAUCCAAAGGUUACGAAGCCUAAGGACAUGGACGACGACUUAUGGGAUCGGUUGGAUGCCAUCGUUCUCCAGUGGUUGUAUGGCACAAUUUUGAAGGACCUCCUCCUUAAGGUGCUCGAUGAUAAUACUAGUGCCAUGGAUAUUUGGAAUAGGCUUUGCAAGAUUUUUCAGGAUAAUAAGGGGACUCGUGUGGUUCUACUGGAAAAUUAA